AUGAAGCCCACGCUUCCGCUGUCGGCGCUGUUCGCCAUGGCCGCCGCUACGGCCCCCGCCAGCGAUGCUCCGGCCAACGACACGCGCCCCGUCAACUUUGGCAUGUCCGUCAAUCCUACCCACACCCUCGCCGACCCGCCCAAGGACCUUGACGUGCUCUUCGUCCCUGGCGGCGCCGGCACCCGUGACGCCAACAUUGCCGAGGUGACCCAGAUCAUCGACUACGUCCGCGACGUCUAUCCCUCGCUCCAGCACAUCCUUUCCAUCUGCACCGGUGCCGGCAUCCUCGCCCGCGCCGGCGUCCUCGACGGCCGCAACGCCACGACCAACAAACGCGCCUGGGCCCAGACGACGGCCCUCGGGCCCGCCACCAACUGGAUCGCCAAGGCCCGCUGGGUCGUUGACGGCAACGUCUACACGUCGAGCGGCGUCAGCGCCGGCAUCGACGCUGCGCUGGCCUACGUCUCGGAUAUUUGGGGCGAGGAUGAGGCUGUCCGCCUCGCCAUUGGCGCCGAGUACAACCGCGUGCUCGACCCGGCUGAUGACCCCUUUGCCGCGCACUGGGGGGCCGAGGACGUGCCGCCCGUGAGGGAGGCUUGCAAGAAGCACUGA